AUAAUUAAAUUAGCCAAAGAAGAAGAAUUACAACCCUGAAGGCGCACAUUAAAAUAUUCGCUGAAAAUGAAAACAGCAAAGACAUUCUAUACGGAAGAAUCAACUUAUCAAACGCUAUAGAACUAUUAAAUAAAAACGACCAAUACUCAAAAGAGACACAAAUGAAAAUAGACCAAACUACACCAUCAAACGAAGAUACUGUCAACGCUGAAAAUAUAUAUAAGAAAAGACACAAAAGAUUAUUCAACGUUUUAAUAAAAUCCAUAUCGACCGAUAUCUUAAACAGAAUCGACGAAACAAAUAAUGCCUCCGCUUUCUUUCAAGAUAUCUCAUUAGCAACUGAUUUAAAUACAAUGAAACGUCAUUACUUAGAUAAUUCAGACGGCCUUAGCUAUGAUGACCUAACAAACAAAAUU